AUGCAGAUUAGAGAAAAUGACUACGGUGAAUUAGUUAUCCAAAGUUUGCAUUUAUUCUACAUUUAUUCGUUCUACGUGGCCAUGAAGACUGCCACUUCAAUUGGUAACCUUCCUGCGGCAACCAAUUCAUAUGAGUUCUUGUUCAUGACAACCUACUGGCUGAUUGGCGUGUAUGUGAAUGCCAUCCUUAUCGGCCAGAUAGUUGACAUUCUUGACUCUCGUAAUGCAAAUCGGGAUGCUUAUAGAAAGGCAAUGGAUAAAUCACUCGCCUACAUCAAGCAGUUAAAGACACCCGAAGAGGUAGUGGACAAAGUGCGCACCUGGUAUCUCUUUAACUGGGACCAACAAAAGUGCCUUGGUAAACUAAUUAUAAUAUCUCUUUAUAUUCUAUAA